AUGUCGCAACAAUCAAAAAGCGUUGGUAGCGGAGCUCCUGGUAAACGUCGCAAAAGCGUAAAUGAAUAUUCGUCCAAUCCCCAUUCUAUUUACGAGCGAAAAAGGCAACAGAAUCUUCCCCCUGACGUGCGCGCAGCGUAUAAAGCCAAAGAGAAUGCGAGAGUUAAAGUCAUUUAUCAUAUUAACAAGCUAAAAAAAUCUCCAUUGUAUCAAAGCGCAAAUGAAGAUGAUCGAAAAGUGUUGGAAGAGAAAAAGAAGAGAGAAAUUCUUGAUUCAAUAAAAGUGGAAAAGCCUGAUUCGGGGGCGAAUGAGCUUAUCCUAGGUGGGGCUGAUUCGUUCAAUCCUUUGAUUGAAAUCGGUAGUGAUACCGAUUCGCAGUCUGAAAUGAGUGAGCAGGAGGAAGACGACGAUCUUUUUGAUUUUGAGGCUAUUAGUGAUAAUGAUGGGGAUGAGCUCAGUGAUAACAGCUGCCUAAGUGAGAAAGAGGGAGAGGAAGAGAUAGAUGAAGAGGAGGAAGGAGAAGAAGAUAGUGAAAUGGAAAUGGAUAUCGAUGACUUCGAUGAAGAGGAGGUAAAACGAUUAGAGGAAGAAAUGGGACUCGAGAUCUCUGAUGAAUGGAAAGAGCGUGUCGAUAAUGGCAUUUGGGGGAGGCCAAGUGAGGCUAUAGCGUGGAUUCAUAACCUUCCACGUUGGAAGGAUUAUUGGAGCAAAGCAUAUUACAGAUUGGAAGCUACUUUACAGGCUUUGACCUUCGGUGUACCAUCAUUGGGUUAUGACUGGGUGGUUUGUCAAGGGGCAAGGUACCCCAAGAAAUUACCACAUCAAUUGUUCGAUUGCUCGCAAAGAGCUAUUUGGCGGAAUCUCUCUGUAUGGGCCCCAGAAAAGUUAAAUCGAUUAAUGAACCGGCCGAGUUCUGAUCGUCUUUCCCUUCCUGGCCCGUGUGGAUGGUGGGUCUAUUUGUGGAAAGAGCACAAAUAUAGCGCAAAACGACACGGGUUCUGGCAACCAAAGCAAGCUAUGAUCCAGAGGAGUAAGGACGCAUGGAAUUUACUUUUUUUCCCGGAGGAGGGUGAGGAUUCUGAAGAGGAUAUGCAGCAACAACAGCAACAACAGCAACAACAGCAACAACGCCACCGCCGAUCACAACAUAGAUUCGAAAAUUGUCCAUGCAGGCAUUGUUGCGGUAAAGCGCAACCUUUGAGGACUAUCAAAAAACAUAUCAAUAAAGAGCAUCGCAUUGAUACACAAGUGAACGAAAAUAGUCGAAAUACUUACCUCUCUGGAUCGAAGAAAGUAUGUAGUUGUUGGAGACACCCAGCUGGCAAAUUAGUUGAUCGAGCUACCUUUUAUAGACACAAUCGAAAGGAGCAGCCUCUCAGCACUUACACUAUCAGCAGCAAUAAUCGAUAUUCAAGAGAGGUAUCUAGUUUUAAUACAAAUAAUGAAGAAGACGAUGAUACCAUUUGGGGGUACGCAGAGGACGAAGUCAGGAGAACACUGGAUGAAACCCAGGCAAUGGAGGACUUUUUAGACGAGGGGGAGGGGGAGAUACGAGAGGGCAGCAGAUUGAGCUGGAUGCAGAUCUAG